AUGCGAUCUCUCGGCCAAAACCCGACGGAGGCGGAGCUUCAAGAUAUGAUCAACGAAGUCGACGCGGAUGGCAACGGCACCAUCGAUUUCCCAGAAUUUCUCAACUUGAUGGCGCGUAAGAUGAAAGACACCGACAGCGAAGAAGAAUUGCACGAAGCGUUUAAAGUGUUCGAUAAAGACGGGAACGGGACAAUCAGCGCGGCGGAAUUGAGACACGUCAUGACGAACUUGGGCGAGAAGUUGACGGAUGAAGAAGUCGACGAGAUGAUUCGAGAAGCGGAUGUCGAUGGCGAUGGUGAAGUGAACUACGAAGAGUUUGUGAAGAUGAUGAUGGCGAAGUAA